AGCGACAUAUGGGUCUCACCUCUACUCCCCCAGAAACUCAUCAGCUACCAGCCGCCGCAGUCGACACUUUACGUGUGCGCAAGUCGAGAAUGCAGUCAUCGUCAAAGGCUUUCCUCUUUUCGAUGCUUGUCGUGCUCGUUCUCGCCGCCUUCAUUCCAUCCAAGGUUGAGGCACAAGAAUUUCGACCUAUUCUUAUGAAUCGAAGGGAUCUGCUUCCAUACGGCGACAUCGUUUCCGAGUUGAAAGGAAAAACUUUGGGAGGACGCAUGAGGUUCGGCAAACGAUCCAUGGGUCCUUACCAACCCAUACCAUUCGAGACACUGGAGGCCUACGAUCGUCAGCAACAAGCCUAAACGUCAUUCCGAAGGUCGCUUCAACUCCAUCACAUUGUUGCCACACCUCAUGCCUGGUUAUUAUGGUAUUCAACUCAGAUCUCUCUCCCCUAGUCAGUUUGUUGUCGUUUCUGAGCUCCGAACUUUGAGUUCUGAAGGUGAAUGAAGG